UUUAAGUGAUAGAUAUCCAUUAAUUUUCCCAACCACAAAUAUACAGACAGCUGAGAAAGCUUAGGGAGCUAGCUGUAGCUAGUAAGCUGAGAAAUGGAGAAGGAACCAUUGUUUGAGACGAAGAGAGCCAAGGGAAGAGUUCUAUAUAGGGUUUUUGCAGCAUCUAUAUUUGCAGGAAUAUGUUUAGUUUGGUUUUACAGAGCGAGUCACAUACCAAAAGCAGGAGAAGAUGGAAGGUUUGGUUGGAUUGGACUUCUGGGUGCUGAGAUAUGGUUUGGAUUUUACUGGCUCCUCACUCAGGCCUCCCGGUGGAACCCUGUGUAUAGGCACACAUUCAAAGAUAGGCUUUCUCAAAGAUAUGAAAAUGAGUUGCCGGGAGUGGAUGUAUUUGUGUGCACAGCGGACGCAACCAUAGAGCCGCCGUUGAUGGUGAUAAACACGGUUUUAUCAGUGAUGGCUUAUGAUUACCCGCCGGAGAAGCUGAGCGUCUAUCUGUCCGAUGAUGGCGGGUCGGAAAUUACAUACUAUGCUCUCUUGGAGGCUGCUGAGUUUGCAAAGCAAUGGAUACCAUAUUGCAAGAGGUACAAAGUGGAGCCAAGGUCACCUGCUGCUUAUUUUGUCUCAAUAUCUGCUGAUGCAAUUGUUGAUCAUCAGGCUAAAGAUUUCUGGGCUAUUAAGAAAUUAUACAAACACAUUGAGAAAGAAAUCGAAAAUAUAGUGAAGCUAGGCUGCGUUUCAGAAGAAGUCCGAUCGAAACGUAAAGGCUUUUCUCAAUGGGAUUCAUAUUCAUCUCGACGCGACCAUGACACCAUUCUUCAAAUAGUAAUCGAUGGGAGAAACCAAAAUGCAACAGACGUUGAAGGGUGUAGAUUGCCAACGUUAGUGUAUUUGGCUCGCGAGAAGAGACCCCAAUAUCAUCAUAACUUCAAAGCUGGCGCUAUGAACGCACUGAUUAGAGUAUCAUCAAACAUCAGCAAUGGGAAGUUGCUUCUUAAUGUGGAUUGUGAUAUGUAUUCAAACAACUCCAUGGCCAUACGGGAUUCACUUUGUUUCUUUAUGGAUGAAGAAAAAGGCCAUGAGAUUGCAUAUGUGCAGUUCCCACAAAACUUCGAAAACCUUACUAAGAACGAGCUAUACGCUUCACUGAGAGUAAUCAAUGAGGUGGAAGCCCAUGGCGUGGAUUCUUAUGGAGGCCCUCUAUAUAUUGGAAGCGGAUGUUUUCACAGAAGAGAUACUCUUUGUGGGAGGAAAUUCAGCAAGGGAUGUAAAAGUGAUAUGAAGUGGGAGAAUAGAAAAGGAGAAGAACUUGGCAUUCAUGAACCGGAAGAAAGUUCGAAAAGCCUUGCAAGUUGUACAUUUGAAGAGAACACUCAAUGGGGAAAAGAGAUGGGUCUGAAAUAUGGCUGUCCAGUAGAAGAUAUAAUAACGGGGCUAUCAAUCCAUUGCCGGGGAUGGAAAUCGGUGAAUUGCAAUCCAACAAGGAAAGCUUUCUUAGGGUUAGCUCCAACCACACUGCCUGAUAUGCUUGUGCAAUAUAAGAGAUGGUCAGAAGGUAACCUCCAGAUUUUGCUUUCAAAGUAUAGUCCUGCAUGGUAUGCCUAUGGAAAGACUAGUUUAGGACAUCAACUUGGAUAUCUUCGAUACUCCUUUUGGGCUGCAAAUUGCUGGGCAACACUAGUUUACUCAAUUCUUCCUUCACUUUACCUCCUUAGAGGCACAUCCUUAUUUCCGCAGAUCUCAAGCCCAUGGUUCAUACCAUUUGCAUAUGUGAUCAUUGGAAAGUACACUUGGAGCUUUGCGGAGUUUUUGUGGUGUGGUGGCACAACUUUAGGUUGGUGGAACGAGCAGCGCAUAUGGCUUUACCAGAGAACAAGCUCCUAUCUCUUUGCCUUCACUGACACCAUUCUACACUCCUUUGGAUAUAGUGAUUCAGCAUUUGUAAUAACCGCCAAGGUGGCUGAUGAAGAUGUGUCACAGCGGUACAAGAAAGAGAUUAUGGAAUUCGGGGACUCUUCUCCAAUGCUUACCCCAUUGGCAACAAUUGCAUUGCUCAAUUUGUAUUGCUUUGCUGGGUUUGUUAAGGAAGCAAUCAAUCGGAAGGGCAUAGCACAAGUUUAUGAUACAUUGACUUUGCAAAUUAUGCUAUGCGGGGCUCUGAUUCUCAUCAACCUACCCUUGUUCCAAGCACUUUACCUAAGGAAGGACAAGGGAAAGAUUCCAGCCACCGUCACUUUUAAGUCAAUGGCAUGUGCUGUGAUUGCUUGUACUUGUUUUAAAUUUUCGUAUUAAGGAACGGGAAACUCUUUAGAUUCAACUCUCUCACACAAGGUGACUUUUGUGUGUGCUAAAAGCUUGUUUAAGAUCAAAAUAAUGUUGUCUCUCUGUUUUAAAUUAGUUAUUGUAUCAUCUUCAUAUAAAUUCUAUUGUCAAAGGAUUACCAGAUCAGUGCUUGAUCUUCUUCACAAUAUUAUGAAAACCCCUAUCAAAGUUUACCUCCUGCACAA